AUCCCGUGGUGUCUGUAUACUGGUAUAGGGUUGUAAUAAUGUGUUGUGAUUCAGGAGAUGAUGAUCCCGUGGUGUCUGUAUACUGGUAUAGGGUUGUAAUGUGUUGUGAUUCAGGAGAUGACGAUCCCGUGGUGUCUGUAUACUGGUAUAGGGUUGUAAUGUGUUGCCUGUGUUGUGAUUCAGGAGAUGACGAUCCCGUGGUGUCUGUAUACUGGUAUAGGGUUGUAAUGUGUUGCCUGUGUUGUGAUUCAGGAGAUGACGAUCCCGUGGUGUCUGUAUACUGGUAUAGGGUUGUAAUGUGUUGUCUGUGUUGUGAUUCAGGAGAUGACGAUCCCGUGGUGUCUGAAGCGUGCCGAACUGCUCUUCAAGUGCGUCAAGGGAUUCAUGAUUGAGAUGGCCACGUACAGCAGCCAGGUUUCCAAAACCAUCCAGUUCCUCGUUCCCACGGGUCUGUCAGAAGACAUGUUUCACACAUUGAGUAACAUGCUGCCCAGUAUUUUCCGCCUGUCGAACCCUCUUGUAGUGAAAUCUGGCAAUCAGCCACCUCCUUGAGUAACAUCAUGUCUGGAAUCUUCCUCUGUUUGUCAAACUCUCUGGAAGUGGAAUAUGGAUUCUGUACAUCACUAAAACAUGUCCAAGUGUGUGUGUGGAGCAUGACCAUGCCUGUGUGGUGGGGGGUGGGGUUGAAAGCAUGUUAGAACAAAGAAAUAAGCUCAGAGAAAGCUAACAGGAUACUGACCACCUGUUCAUGAUCCCCUGUUCAUGAUCCCCAGGACUGGGACAAGCUAAGUGUAAACUGGAAUUUUCAGUGAAUACAAAAUAUUAGGAUGAACUUAAUAUUUUGCAUUGAUCGACGAACAUUUAUUUUUCAGCACAACACACUAUCUUCAUUCCAGUCACAAAUCUUCUUUUCCAAAAUAGCUAAAUUUAAUUUAGUUUAUUUGACAAAAAUAAAUGGUCAUAUUUAUUUAUUUAUUAAUUAAAUUGUGAGGGUGAAGAGUGGGGUAGAAUGUGUUGAUAUGAAGCUUGUGAUCAUGUUUAUAUUUUGUUAGGUUGUAAAGUUGUGUUUUGGUGAUCACUAAAAAACUUGGCUCUGCAUUUCUUUCAUGUGUUAUAUUUCUGAACGUGGUUGUUACAAAAACUUGGCUCUGCACUUCUUUCAUGUGUUAUAUUUGUGAACGCGUUCAUUACAAAAACUUGGCUCUGCACUUCUUUCAUGUGUUAUAUUUGUGAACGCGUUCGUUACAAAAACUUGGCUCUGAACUUCUUUCAUGUGUUAUAUUUGUGAACGUGUUCGUUACAAAAACUUGGCUCUGCACUUCUUUCAUGUGUUAUAUUUGUGAACGCGUUCGUUACAAAAACUUGGCUCUGAACUUCUUUCAUGUGUUAUAUUUGUGAACGUGUUCGUUACAAAAACUUGGCUCUGCACUUCUUUCAUGUGUUAUAUUUGUGAACGUGUUCGUUACAAAAACUUCCUUUCAUAUUCUAAGAUACUAUUUUUAAUGUAUUUACUUAUAAUUGUAACAUUCAACUGAAAUAAGUAUAGGAAUUUUGUAUUAAUAUUGUAAUAUACCAACUUAUCCAAUAAAAUAUUGUUGUAUAUUA